GUUGAAGCAGAGGCAGUAAACUGUUUGCCCAUAACUUCACUGACAAAAGCUGCAGUGGGAGGGAAGAUAAGCUUUAAAAUUUCCAAGCAUGGGCUUCCUUCCUAGUCUCUGAUCUCUAUCUAUAAGAUAUAUUCAAAAAGUGAAAAAACAAGAAACUGAAGCACUAAAACAUCAAGAACUGCAGAGUAAGAGCUCUUAGAUAAGGCAUAUGGCUUCCAUUGCCAUUUCUGCUUCCUUGCAAAUAGUGUGUGGCUCUGGUUCACAACAUGUAACCAAGAAACAACAGCCCCAGGCCAGACCGGCUCGCUCUCUGGGGACGAAAGAGGCCACCCCUGUUGUUUCUCUGAAUGUGGAAGGUCAAAGUGGUUUCAAAUUAGCAGAAGAGAAGUCCGCUUCACAUGUAGAUAGGCCAAAGUCCACUUCCCCUGUAGAUAGGCCAGAGGCAGAGGGUGGUGCUGACUAUAAAUCGAAGCACCCUUUGGAUACAGAAUCUUCUGCUGUCAAAUUCAGUGAUGAGAGGUGGAAGAAGGGCACAUGGGAUUUGAAUAUGUUCACCAAAGAUGGCAAAAUGGACUGGGAUGGUAUCAUUGUAGCAGAAGCAAAGAGGAGGAAAUUUCUCGAACUUCAUCCAGAAGCUUCUACCAACGACGAUCCAGUACUGUUUAGGACGUCCAUCGUUCCUUGGUGGGCAUGGAUAAAGAAAUCACAUCUCCCAGAGGCUGAGCUGCUCAACGGUCGAGCAGCAAUGGUUGGGUUUUUCAUGGCAUAUGUUGUAGAUGCUUUGACAGGGGUUGGCGUAGUCGGACAAACUGGUAACUUCAUAUGCAAGGCAGGUCUCUUGGCGACGGUGAUCGGUAUAAUACUGUUCAGGCGAACCGAAGAUUUCGACAACCUUGAGAAGCUAGCUGAUGAGGCUACUUUCUAUGAUAAGCAAUGGCAAGCUUCUUGGCAAGAACAAAAUCAAAAUGCAACGAGUGACUCUACAGAGAAAACUGGAAACAGUAGUUAAAUUUUAUU